UUUAAAUGAAAAAAGGAGAAGGGGACAAAUGCCCUGGGUGCCUUAAACACCGCGUCCUUAGUUACACCCCUGUAAUCUCCCACUACCAAUCAACCAGUCAGUUCCUUGUUUGCCAUACAAAAUCCAAUAGUUUGCCUUGGUAGACCCGUGAGUUGAUAUGCUCCGUGGCACUUGAUUAUAAAUAUUUAAUUAAUUAAAUAAAUAUUUCUCCCUAUUAUUGUUUUUUAAUAAUUUAUCAAUUUAAUUUGCUAAACAAUCUUCUUCUCUUAAUUAUUAAAUUAAAAAUCAAAUGAAAAAGUCACCAUCAACAAUCAAAUGUUUGUGUCUCAAUUAAAUAUUAUUUAUUUAUCUAUUUAACUUAUGAAUAAUUGUGUUUAAUAAAUACAUAUUGUGAAAAUGAUUGUUAAAAAACUUGUGGAGUGUUUAAUUCAAGACUACGACGCUUACGUCGGUGCCGCGAGGCAAAAGUGCAAGGGAGCAUAGUAGUUGUUUCCUGUUGUUUGUACAAUUGAACCGGCUUGUUCUUAAAUAUUUUCAAUUAUUUAUUUUUUUUCAUUAAUAAAUAUAUAUAACAAUUAUAUUUGUCUAUUUAAUCCCUUCAUAAUUUCAUACUCAUCGUGAGUAAACUUGACAUUAAAAACAAUAAUAAUAAUAAUAAAAAACUCUAGGAGAAAAAAAAAGAGAACAGUUGACAUUUUUACCAAGAGUAACAAUAUCACUUGGUAUUUCCAAUGUGAAUUGAAAUGAAACGUGUUCGUGGGGUGGACGAGGUAACAUCACCAGUUGGAACAACAAUAAAACACACAUCAUUGAGUGGAGGAGUUAUCAGUGGAAUUGGUAAUUUAGGAAGUGGUGCAAGUGUUGGUUUGGAGUAUCAUAUUAAUAGUGGAAUUGGUGCUGGAGGUAAUUCAAAUCAAACUGUGAGACAAUUAACAUUAAAAGAAAUGCCGGGUAGUAUACAAUUUGGUACACCCCAAGCACAACAACAAUAUGCUGGGGCAAUUGUGCAAACAGCAGCCCCAUCACCAAGCAAGAUUCAUUCAAAUACAGCACCAUUGGCAUCAACAGCACCUAGUUCAAGUCUAAGUGCUAGUAAUCAACAGCAACAACAGCAGCAGCAACAACAACAACAGCAACAGCAUCAACAACAAUUUCAACGUUUAAAAGUUGAAGAUGCAUUGUCAUAUCUUGAUCAAGUUAAGCUUAAAUUUAGUGAUCAACCACAAGUAUACAAUGAUUUUCUUGAUAUUAUGAAAGAAUUUAAAUCACAAAGUAUUGAUACACCUGGUGUUAUAACAAGAGUUAGUCAUUUGUUUAAAGGCCAUCCAGAGUUAAUUGUUGGUUUUAAUACAUUUUUACCACCAGGUUAUAAAAUUGAAGUACAAGCUAAUGAACAGGGUUAUGCUUAUCAAGUAUCAGUCAGUAUACCAAGUGAACAAUCAACACAUACAUCAUCAUUAUCACAUUGUGUUAAUGUUGGUUCACCACCAAUUUCAUCACCACCAAAUCAACAAUCAAAAGCACCAUCUGUUAUGCAAAUAAUGUCAAGUGGUGGUAAUAUACAUCAUUCAAUGGCAAAUAAUAUAUCAAGCAGCAUUAAUAAAAAUAAUAUGAAUAUUCAUCCACCAUCACCUGAGCCAUUACCGUCAUUUAAUAAUUCACAUGUAACAUCAGCUCAAGCACAAGCAGCUGUUAAUCAAGCACUAAGUCAAGUACAAGAUGGUGCAUCAUCAAAUACUGGAACAUCACAAAAUCAACCAGUUGAAUUUAAUCAUGCUAUUAAUUAUGUUAAUAAAAUUAAAAAUAGAUUUCAAGGACAACCAGAUAAGUACAAACGAUUCUUGGAAAUUCUUCAUACAUAUCAAAAAGAACAAAGAGUUCUUAAAGAUGGUGGUGCUGUUGCCAGUGGUGGUGGUGCUGGUAGUGGUGGUAAUAUUAGUGUUAUUGGUAGUAAUAUUAGCUGUGGAGUUGGUGGUAUUCCUACAGUUGCUAAUGCCUCUGGUUCAAAAUUAACUGAGGCUGAAGUAUAUGCACAAGUUGCUAAACUUUUUGAAAAUCAAGAAGAUCUUCUUGCUGAAUUUGGACAAUUUUUACCUGAUGCAACAAAUAGCUCAAAUAGCCUGUCUGCUAUGUUUCAGAGUAACAAAGUGCCCGCGAAUGAUCACGCGGCAAUUGUUAAAAAACAACUUGGUUCUAAAACAACAGUAUACAAUAAUUCAAAUAUAAUACCACGUGAUCAUCGAGAUGCCCUUCCAUCAGGUAAUUUAGAACGUGAAAGAGAUCAUCGUGAUCGUGAACGUGAAAGAGAACAACGUGAACGUGAUAGAGAACGUGAACGUGAACGUGAAAGACCACCACAACCACCAUUACCAACAACACCACUAUCAUCAACAGCAACAUCAACAAUACGUAGUAGUAAUGAUUUAAAUAGUGGACAAAAGUUUGGUCAUACACCAUUACAAGUAAAACGUUCACCAUCAUUUACAUCAACAAUUACAACAAGUAAUUCACAUCAUCAUCAACAACAACCACCAAUUCAACAGCACCAACACCAACAACAACAACAUCAUCAUCAACAUCAGCAACAACAACAACAUCAUCAUCAUCAACAACAUCAACAUCAUCAGCAACAACAACAACAUCAUGGUCCACCACCAGCUAAAAAACAUAAAAUAUCUGCUGCAAAUCGUGAUCUAUCAAUAUCUGAAGCUGGUAAAUAUGGUACAUUAAAUGAUUAUGCAUUUUUUGAUAAAGUAAGAAAAGUAUUAAAAUCAACAGAAGUAUAUAAUAAUUUUUUACGUUGUUUAUUAAUAUUUAAUAAUGAAAUAAUAUCAAAAAGUGAACUUGUGCAAUUAGUAUUACCAUUUUUGGGUAAAUAUCCAGAAUUAUAUAAAUGGUUUAAAGAUUUUCUUGGUCAUUUAUCUGAUUCAGCAACGUCUGGUAGUAGUGGUGAUGUUGGUGGCGUUGGUGGAAGUGGUAGUGGUAGAAUAAGUGGUAGUAGCAGUGGUGGUGGAAUUGGUGGUAAUAAUUCAACAAAUACAAGUGGUAUUAAUAUUGAAUUAUUGUCAAAUAAUGUUGUACGUAGUCAUCAAGAUAGACCACAAGGUGAUUUAGCUAUGGAAAUUGAUUAUACAGCAUGUAAAAGAUUAGGUGCAUCAUAUUGUGCAUUACCAAAAUCAUAUGUACAACCAAAAUGUACUGGACGUACACAAUUAUGUCGUGAAGUAUUAAAUGACACAUGGGUAUCAUUUCCAACUUGGUCUGAGGAUUCAACAUUUGUAACAUCACGUAAAACACAAUUUGAAGAAUUUAUAUAUCGUUGUGAAGAUGAAAGAUUUGAAUUAGAUGGUGUUAUUGAAACAAAUGCAGCAACAAUACGUGUAUUUGAAGGUAUAGCUAAAAAAAUGAAUCGUUUUACACCAGAUGAAAUACAAAAAUUUAAAUUAGAUGAUUGUCUUGGUGGUUCAUCACCGACAAUUCAUCAACGUGCAUUAAAAAGAAUUUAUGGUGAUAAAGCACCAGAUAUUAUUGAUGGUUUAAAGAAAAAUCCAUUUGUUGCUGUACCAGUUGUAUUGAGAAGACUUAAAAGUAAAGAAGAAGAAUGGAGAGAAGCACAAAAAGGUUUUAAUAAAAUAUGGCGUGAACAAAAUGAAAAAUAUUAUUUAAAAUCAUUAGAUCAUCAGGGUAUUAAUUUUAAACAAAAUGAUGUUAAAGCAUUAAGAUCAAAAAGUUUAUUUAAUGAAAUUGAAACUUUAUAUGAUGAAAGACAUGAACAAGUUGAUGAUUCUGUUGAAAAUCAAGAUAAUAAUGGACCACAUUUGAUACUUCCAUAUAAAGAUAAAUCAGUACUUGAAGAUGCUGCUAAUUUAUUGAUACAUCAUGUUAAAAGACAAACAGCAAUUCAUAAAGAUGACAAACAAAGAAUUAAAUUAUUAUUAAAACAUUUUAUACCUGAUUUAUUUUUUCAUCCAAAACAAGAAUUAUCUGAUGACGAGAGAGACGAUGAUGACAGAGAUGAUGAUGUUGGUAAUUCACAAAGUACAAGUGGUGCAUCAACAACAACACUUGGUCUUCAUGGUAGUAGAAAUCAUUUAAAAAAUAAAUUAAAUGCAUCAAGCAGUGGUAAUUCUUCUUCUACUAAUAAUAAUAUUAACAACAACAGCAAUAACAACAACAUGACAAUUAAAAUUGAAGAUGAUAUUAAAGUACCAAUUCAUGCAUUAUCAACUGAUCCUGAAGAAGCUUACACAUUAUUUAUGGGAAGUAAUAAUUGGUAUUUAUUUUUGAGAUUACAUCAUAUUCUUUGUGAAAGAUUAACUAAAAUGUAUGACAAAGCUUGUGCACUUGCUGAAGAAGAAGCAAGAUAUAAACAACAACGUAAAGAAAGUACUGCUCAUGCAUUAAGAUUAAAGCCAAAAAAUGAAAUUGCAAUUGAAGCGUAUUAUCCUGCAUUUCUUGAUAUGAUUAAAAAUGUACUUGAUGGAAAUAUGGAGAGUGUAGCAUUUGAAGAUACAUUAAGAGAAAUGUUUGGUAUUCAUGCUUAUGUUGCAUUUACACUUGAUAAAGUUGUAACAUAUGCUGUUAGACAGUUGCAACACUUGGUGACUGAUUCAAUAUGUCAACAAUGUACUGAAUUGUUUCAACGAGAACAAAGACAACCACAAGAUAAUUGUGGAGCUGGUGGGCUUUGUACAACAGCGUACAUCAGAGUUGGUGCUGAAAUGGCAUAUCAAAGAAGAGCUGAAAAAACAAUGGCUGAGGAAAAUUGUUUUAAAAUUUACAUUUACAAAAAAGAUUGCAGAAUGACAAUUGAAUUAUUGGAUACUGAAGGCGAGGAGACAAAUGGUGGUUCAAGUGAACGUGAAAGAGACGAAGUUAAUGCUGCUGAAAAAUGGUCAAGUUAUGUUGAAGCAUAUUCAGCACCUUCAACACAAACAAGUCCCAAGGAUAUCUCUUCAACAUCACCAAACAAUGAGACAACAACAACAACAUCAACAAGCACCAAUCAUCCUGUGAGUAGCGACCAGGCAGCAAGGGGGGGAAGGGGCAGAAAGCGCAAGAACACUGACAUUAACAAGAAGAUGGUAGGAAAUGGCUGGAACUCAUUGCCAAGGAAUUUACCAAAUCAAAAGCCAUUAUUUCUAUCGAGAAAUAUUAGACAAUGGAAAAAACAUGCUGCUAAAAAUUCAAGAUCAACAAAUCUUGAUGACAAUACUGGACACCCAGAAGAAGAAAAUGAAGUUGAAAAUAUAUUAAAAAGAUCAGAUGAACUUCGUGAUGCAGUAACAUCAGAUGAUACCCAGUGCACAUUUGAUUUAAGUAGUUAUCGUGUGGCAUUUGUUGGAAGUUCACACUCGUGGUUUUACAGACCAAAUUGUCUUCAUCGAGCAAGAAAGUCUCAUGUAUCAAUAACAUUAUCAAGCGAUGCUAAAUUUCAUCGUCAGCAUGAAAAAUGGACCACGGCAUACGUAUCAAGUGCUCAGAAUCGAUUAAGCCGUGAUUGGUUGAUGGGCCAUUAUGACAAUGUCAUUCCUCAUAGAACACAAAUUCUAAAUGACAAUGAUCGUACACGUACACCUUACAGAUCAUACAAUAAAUAUCGUGUAGAAAUUCUUAAGAAUGAAAUUGAAAGUGGCAAACAAUCAACGUAGUUUAUCUUUAAAAUAAUAAUAAGAUAUAUUUUUUUUUUUUCUUGAAAAGACACAAACAAUUACCAGUUUAUUUUUUCAACAAAAAAAAUUGCUAUUUAUCUCUGUGGUUAAAUAAAAAGUGCGUGUUAUUACAUUUAUAUUUUUGAGCGAUUUAAAAUUAAAAAAAAAAAACACUUGAAUUAUUGAAAAUUUUCGACGUUUUUUUUUUUUUUCAUAUUUGCAUUCCAAUUUUGCAAUUUUUUCAUUUUUUAUCAACUUUAUUUAUUUAUAAUUUUUUUUAAAAAAUAUCAAUUUAAUUAUUAUUUUUUUUCUAUUUUUCUUGCGUCGAAAAUAAAAUUUAAAUUUCGAAAUUAAUUAAUUUUUUUGAAAUUAAAAAUAAUGAUAAUAACGCCAAUUAAAUACUCAGAGAUUAAAAAAUAUCAAGAGGCCUUAUAAUAAGGUUUCCAAUUAAUAAGAAAAGUGUAGAUUUAUAUAAAAAAAAAAGUGUACAAAAUCCUUGUAUAUUUUUAUUUUUCCUGUUGAUAUAUAACAUUAUUUUUUUUUUUUUCGUUUACUUUUUUCUACUCAGAUAAUAACAGCUUUUGCAUAAUAUGUACAGUUAUCUCCCUGUGUUAUUUAUAAAAAAAAGAAAAGAAAAAUGAAAUUACAAAAAAAAUGUAUAAUUUUAUAUUUCUCUUUUUGUAAAAAGUUAGUAGAAGUAAAAAAAAUUUUUUUUUUCUAAUUAAAAAAGUGACUAAAAUUAUUUUUAAUAGUAUCUAAAAAAUUUAUAGAUACUUUUGCAUUGAUAAAAUAAAAAAAUAUAAUGAUUGUAAAAAAAAAAAAAAGCCACAAUGUUUUUUAAUAAUUUGGAAAUGUUUUUUUUUUUUUUUUAUAUAUUUAUUUUAUGAAUAAUUUAUUGCGCACAUUUCGAUGGUAUUUAUUUAUGAAAAAAAAAAAAAAUAUACACAAAUUUGUGUGGAUGAUUAUGAAAUUAUAUAAAUUAUUAAAAAAUAAGUAAAUAAUAGUUUGUACAUAAAGCUGUCAACUGAUUAAAUACAAUUUGACAAAAAACUGA